AUGGGCAAUUGGUUGUUGGACAAGAAGCGCUGGAGGAAGAUUGGUCACAACAGCACGAGAACGCUGAUACACAGUUCAACGCAAAGCCCAGGGCUUAGACGGGAACCGCCAUUUGGAGAUCAAGUAAGGCUACCACGAACCAAUACAAUUCCUUGGACUUCUGGAAGAGGAAUAGAGGCUGCACCCGCUAGAAUUGCAAACCUGACUAGUCACGAAUCGGAAGGCAUGCAGAAGAGCACGGAGAAACGACUGCUAAACAUCCUCGAGAAGUCGAUGAUUGCCGCUCUUUUGGCGAAGAGAGUGACAGACGGGAAGCAAAAAUGGAUCAUGUCAUGGGUUGCCUAG